AUGCCGCAUGUCUCCCUCUUUCUUCCCCCACCUUUAAUUGCUGAGCACGAUGUCCUAUGGUCUGGACUAGCCCCUUGGUCAGUUCGGCACAGUGGUCCCGGCUACGGUCCCUGCCAGCUUCUUGUGCCGCCCUACUCCUGGAACGGGGAGAGCAGCACGAGAAGGGCAGGCGGCCUUGGCGUGAUCUCAGCGCUGGAAAGAGCAAUUGUAAAAAUAUUGGACGUUGUUCUGAAGAUGCGGCGGCAUAAAGUGCAAGGAGAAAGGAAUUUGCAUCCACAUUUAGAUACAUUCCGAAUGUUGUGUGGUGGGAAAAAAUCUUACUUUGCUGCUGCUGUAUGCAUUAUUACUCUAACUUCAAUGGUCACACUUUCUUAUCUUAGGCUACAGAGACUUUCUCACCUGCCAAAAGUAAUUCAAGAAGGUAGCAGAUGCAGAGGGAAAAUUACCAGUAGCACAAUAACAGCACUAAAAGAUAACAGAACUUUUAUUAUAGCCCCCUACUUUGAUGACAGAGAAAGCAAAGCCACUCGUGUGAUUGGGAUUGUUCACCAUGAAGAUGUAAAAGAACUAUACUGCUGGUUCUGCUGUCAACCCCAUGGAAGGAUAUAUGUAUCAAAAGCAAAAAUUGAUGUUCACUCGGAUAGAUUUGGAUUCCCUUAUGGUGCAGCAGAUAUAGUUUGUUUGGAACCUGAAAACUGUGAUCCGACACAUGUAUCGAUUCAUCAGUUUCCACAUGGAAAUAUUGACCAGCUGCCAAGGUUUGAAAUUAAAAACCGCAAGGCUGAGACCUUUUCAGUUGACUUCACUGUAUGCAUCUCUGCCAUGUUUGGAAAUUACAACAAUGUCUUGCAGUUUAUACAGAGUGUGGAAAUGUACAAAAUUCUUGGGGUGCAGAAAGUGGUGAUCUAUAAGAACAACUGCAGCCAUCUGAUGGAGAAAGUCUUGAAGUUUUACGUGGAGGAAGGAACCGUAGAGGUAAUUCCCUGGCCAAUAAACUCACACCUCAGGGUUUCUUCUAAAUGGCAGUUCAUGCAAGAUGGAACACAUAUUGGCUACUAUGGACAAAUCACA